AUAGACCCCGCGCAUGGACGGCCUCCAUCCACUCCGCCCAGCACCCGCACCUCGUCAGUCGUCACCGAGAAGCAGAAGCAGCAGCUGCUGCCUGCUGGUCGUUCGUUCGCCUCGUUCUCUCCGCCUCCCCCCACCCCCCGCCUCGCUUCCUCCUCCGCGCUUCCUUCGCCGAGGCGUCAGCGUCAGCGAGGGCGUAUAAAGCGCUCCCCCUCCGCGCGCGUCCGCACAAUCGCCACCGCCUCUCCGCUCCUCGACAAGACCAAUGGCGGCUGCUGCGUCCUCCGCUCUGCACGCCGUUGGCGCCGUCGCCUCCGCCAAGCCUAGAUCCGUCGCCCCCGCGGUGGCGACGAGGAGGAGCGUGCGCGUGGCGCCCGCGGCCAAGCGAGGACCAGGCUCGGGAGGAGGCAGGCUCGUGGCUCGCAGCGCCGUUGCAGCCAAGGCGGAUGAGGCGGCCGCGGCGGCGGGAUCCAAGUCAGGCGGCCAUGAGUUGCUGAUGUUUGAGGCCCUUCGUGAAGCCUUGAUAGAAGAGAUGAAUUUGGAUCCAACAGUGUGCGUCAUGGGUGAAGAUGUUGGUCAUUAUGGAGGUUCAUACAAGGUGACCAAAGGGUUGGCUGAGAUGUUCGGAGAUCUCCGGGUCCUUGAUACCCCUAUCGCCGAGAACUCCUUCACUGGCAUGGGAGUUGGAGCAGCAAUGAAGGGGCUGAGGCCUGUUGUGGAAGGCAUGAACAUGGGUUUCCUUCUCCUUGCCUACAACCAGAUCUCGAACAACUGCGGCAUGCUUCACUACACCUCAGGCGGCCAGUUCAAGAUCCCGGUCGUGAUCCGAGGCCCCGGCGGUGUCGGUCGCCAGCUCGGUGCCGAGCACUCGCAGCGGCUAGAGUCGUACUUCCAGUCGAUUCCUGGCCUUCAGAUGGUUGCCUGCUCCACUCCUUACAACGCAAAGGGCCUGAUGAAGGCGGCCAUAAGGAGCGAGAACCCCGUGGUGCUGUUUGAGCACGUCCUCUUGUACAACCUGAAGGAGAAAAUCCCCGACGAGGAGUACAUCUGCUGCCUGGAGGAGGCGGAGAUGGUGCGGCCAGGUGAGCACGUGACCAUCCUCACGUACUCCCGCAUGAGGUACCACGUGAUGCAGGCUGCCAAGACGCUGGUGAACAAGGGGUACGACCCCGAGGUCAUCGACAUCAGGUCGCUGAAGCCGUUCGACCUGCACACGAUCGGGAACUCGAUCAAGAAGACCCACCGCGUGCUGAUCGUGGAGGAGUGCAUGCGGACGGGCGGCAUCGGCGCCAGCCUGCGGUCGGCCAUCAUCGACAACUUCUGGGACUACCUGGACGCCCCCAUCAUGUGCCUGUCGUCGCAGGACGUGCCGACCCCGUACGCCGCGACGCUGGAGGACGCCACCGUGGUGCAGCCCGCGCAGAUCGUGGCCGCCGUCGAGCAGAUCUGCCAAUGAUCAGUGAUAUCAUGGCUUUGUUGAGUACCUGAUCUGUGGAGUCAGAUUACCGUGGUUUUGUUUCUCUGUCGCAUCGCGACUGUCACCGUGCCUUAGACAAGACAUGUUUUUGUAUUUUGCAACGCAGAAGCCAUACUCGUACUGGAUGCCGUUUGUGGGUGGCCUAUUUGUUCAUUGUGCAAAGUUGGAUGCCAUACUCGUACACUAUUAUUAUCAGGUU